AUGGCGAGCGAGGCAGCACUGAACGGGGCGGUGGUGAAUGGGGCAGCAGUGAACGGGGCGGCGAUGAACGGUCACAGUGAGCACAGGGACGAGCCGGGAGCAAAGUGCCGGGAUGCUCUGCCGGGUAAGCAGAAGGCAGCAGCUGGCAGGGAUGCGGCAGCGAUGCACCCUGUUGGUGCAGUCAGCAGGGAUGCAGCAGCGAUGCAUCCUGGCGGAUCACCCUUGGAGGCAGCUGGCAGGGAUGCGGCGGCAGUGCACAGCAGCGGCACGGCUGGCAGCAUCGCCGGGGUGUACGUGGAGGCUAUGAAGAAGACGAUGAGCUUUUACGAUGCCACCAGAGAGCACCUGCUGAGCCUGGAGCCGGCGUUGCUUCUCCUCGAGGCGCAGGCGGCCACGGGUGGCAUUGCUGAUGUGGGGCAGAAGUCACACGUGUCCGUGGCAGAGGCCGUGCAGAGGGGGCUGGUGGGGCUGGAGCUGAAGGAGAGGCUGCUGGCUGCCGAGAGAGCAGCCGUUGGCUUCAAGGACCCCUACACGGAGGAGCAGAUCCCUCUGUUCCAGGCGCUGCAGAAGGAGCUGCUCGGGAGGGAGCAGGGCCUGCGGCUGCUGGAGGCCCAGCUGGCAACCGGGGGCCUCAUCGACUUGGCCACAGGCAGGCGGCUCCGGGCAGAGGCUGCCUGCGAGAAGGGGCUCCUGGAUGAGGAGACGGGGCAGCUCCUGUCUGACGGCAGCGAGGAGAGCAAAGGGUUCCUCGACCCCAACAGCAUGGAGAGGGUCAGCUACGCGGAGCUCAGGGGGCGAUGCGUGGUGGAUCCGGCCUCGGGGCUCCUCCUGCUGCCCCUGCAGCUCACAUUUGCAGGGCUGGGGGGGCGAGUGAGCGGCACGGAGCUGCAGGACGCCGGCAUCAUCAGCCCCGACACGCUCAGGGCUCUGCAGGAGGGGAAGGUGUCAGCCGGGGAGGUGGCAGAGGACGACGCGGUGCAGCGGUUCCUGCGCGGCACAAGGAGCGUGGCCGGCGUGGUUCUGCCCUCCGGGGAGCGGAGGAGCCUCUACCAGGCACUGCAGGAGCACCUCCUGCUGCCCGGCGCUGCGUUGGCGCUGCUGCAGGUGCAAGCCUCCACCGGCAGCCUGAUCGACCCCAUCCAGAACAGGAGCUUCUCCGUGGAUGAGGCCGUCAGGAGCGGCCUCGUCGGCCCCGAGCUGCAUGAGAAACUGUCUUCAGCAGAGAGGUCCAUCAGCGGCUACAGGGACCCCCGCACCGGGGAGAUGCUGUCCCUGUUCCAAGCCGUGAGCAAGGGCUUCGUCCCCAGGGACCACGGCCUCCACCUCCUGGAGGCUCAGAUGGCCACCGGCGGUGUCAUCGCUCCGGGCCGGCAUCUCCGUGUCCCCGCCGAGACCGCGUGCCGCUGGGGGUACCUGGAUGAGAGCACCCUGCAGCUCCUCGCCAAUCCCACCGAGGAAUCCAAAGGGUUCUUCCACCCCGGCUCCCAGGAGAAGCUGAGCUACGCAGAGCUGCUGGCGCAGUGCGUCACCGACCCCAGCACCGGGCUCCUGCUGCUGCCGCUCGGUGACGGAAGCCAAGGAACGCGUCUCUUCCUCGACCGCGGCGCCCAAACGGCUCUGGAGAACACAAAGGUGCCCGUCGCUGUAGGCAAGUUCAAAGGAAAGUCGGUGUCUCUCUGGAAGCUCCUUUUCUCUGACUACAUCCAGAGCGAGCAAAGAGCCGCCCUCACCCGGCAGCACCUGGAGGGAGCGCUCUCCAUGCGGGAGAUGGCCGAGGCCGUCCGUGCCGCUGUGGAGGAAAUGGCUUCUGCAGCCAACAUCACUUUUGAAGGGCUGAGGGGACGCGUGACCGCCGACCAGCUCCUGAGCUCCGAGAUCAUCAACCGGGAUCUGUUCAAGAAACUGAAGGAGGGGGAAACGUCAGCCAAGGAAGUAGUGGGCAUGGACACGGUCAGGAAGUACCUGGAAGGGACGGGGAGCAUCGCUGGGCUGCUGCUUCCCGAAUCCCAGGAGAAGAUCAGCAUCUACCAGGCCAAGAGGAAGGGGCUUCUGAGGCCAGGGACGUCGCUGAUCCUCCUGGAGGCUCAGGCUGCCACCGGCUUCGUCAUUGACCCGGCAGCCAACAAACGUUACUCUGUGGACGAGGCUUUAAGGGCAAACGUCAUCGGCCCCGACGUCUACGACAAGCUGCUGUCAGCAGAGAAAUGUGUCACCGGGUACCGAGACCCCUGCUCAGGGGACAAGAUCUCGCUCUUCCAGGCCAUGCAGAAGGAGCUGAUCGUCAGGGAGCACGGCGUCCGCCUGCUGGAGGCCCAGAUCGCCACCGGCGGCAUCAUCGACCCCGUGCACAGCCACCGCAUCCCCGUGGAGGUGGCCUACAAGCGCGGCUACCUGGACAAGAAGAUGACCGUCAUCCUGUCCGACCCCAGCGACGACACCAAGGGCUUCUUCGACCCCAACACGGAGGAGAACCUCACCUACCUGCAGCUGAAGGAGAAGUGCGUGACGGAGCCGGGCAGCGGUCUCUGCCUGCUCCCCUUGAACAGCAAGAGGCGGCAGUUUGUGGAUGCUGCCACGCGUGAGCUGUUCUGCAGCUCCUGGAUGCCCGUCCGCUUCGGGCGUCUGCGCGGAGAGAGGGUCUCUGUGUGGGAGCUGCUGACCUCCGAGUAUUUCAGCGAGGGGCGGCGCCGCGAGAUCUUCAACCACUACCGGCUGAAGAAGCUCAGCCUGGAGCAGAUCCGGGCCAUGCUGGAGGAGGAGAUGAAGAAGUGGGCCCCCAUCAAGUUCCCGGCCCUGAGGGGCAGCGUCAGCGCGUACCACCUGAUGGAGACGGGCAUCAUUGACAGGACCCUGCUGGAGGAGGUGCUGGAGGGGUCCGUCAGCCCCGAGGAAGUCCUGCGCAUGGACUCGGUCAGAAAGUACCUCUACGGCUCCGGCAGCAUCGGAGGCAUCGUGCUCCAGCCCUCGAACCAGAGGAUGAGCAUCUACGAGGCCAUGAAACAGAACAUCGUGGUACCCGGAGUGGCCCUACCGCUCCUGGAGGCGCAGGCUGCCACGGGUUUCAUCAUCGACCCCGUGAACAACCAGAAGCUCCGUGUGGACGAGGCCGUCAAGGAGGGCGUCAUCGGGCCGGAGGUGCACGAGAAGCUGCAGCAAGCAGAAGGGGCAGUGUCAGGCUACAAAGACCCCUUCACAGGCAGGAAGAUUCCCCUCUUCCAGGCCAUGAAGAAGGGUCUGAUUGCGGACAAGCAGGCCAUGCAGCUGAUGGAGGUGCAGAUGGCGACCGGAGGCAUCAUCGACCCCGCGUGUGGCCACCACGUCCCCAUCGAGGCCGCCCAGAAGCGCGGGUGCCUGGAUGAGGACACAAGCAGAGCCCUUUCCGAGCCCAGCGACAGCAACAGAGCCUUCUGCGUCCCAGACAGCAAGGAGAACGUGAGCUACGCUGAGCUCAUCCAGCGUUGCCAGAAGGACGAGGAGUCUGGCUUCCACCUGCUGCCUCUGCUGCAGACGGCCGCUCCUGCCUACACGGAUGAGCAAAUCCAGCGGCUCUUCCAGGAAACCGUGGUGAAGGAGAAAGGAGUCUCCCUCUGGGCGCUCAUCCACUCCGGGUACUUCACCGAAGAGCAGCGGAGGAGCUUCGUGGAGAGGUUCCGUGCAAAGGAAAUGUCGCUGCAGCAGCUGAUUGCGCUGGUGCUUGGGCUGGUGGGGGAGAUGGAAAUGAAAGCCCGCACCCACAUCGUGCUGGGGGGUCUGCAGGGCAGCGUCCCUGCCGUCCGGCUGCUGGAGGCCGGCAUCCUCACGGAGAAGAUGUUUGAAGAGCUGGCUCAGGGCAUCCGAACUCCUGAGGAGGUGGCUGAAGUGAGCGGCGUGAAGAGGUACCUGCAGGGCACGGGCAGCAUCGCUGGGGUGAUCCUAGAGGAAUCCAAACAGAAAAUGAGUUUUUACGACGCCGUGAAGAAUAACCUCCUCCUGCCCGGGGUUGCCCUGAAGCUGCUGGAAGCUCAGGCGGCCACCGGGUACCUCACCGACCCCGCCACCGGCCACAGGCUCAGCGUGAGGGACGCUGUGCGGGCCGGCGUCGUUGGCGAAGAGCUCACCGAGACGCUGCUCCGUGCGGAGCGGGCGGUGGUGGGCUACACAGACCCCUACACCGGGAGCCCCAUCUCCCUGUGCCAGGCGGUCCGGAAGGAGCUCGUUCCCAUGGCUGAUGCUCUGCCUUUGCUGGAGGCCCAGCUGGCCGCCGGAGGAGUCAUCGAUCCCAUCCACCACCAUCACCUCCCGCUCCAGGCUGCGUACAGGUAUGGCUUCUUCGACGAGGACUUGAAGCGAAGCCUCGCGCAGCUGAACGACAGCACCCAGGUCUUCUUUGACCCGAACGCGAAGGAAAACGUGACCUACCAGCAGCUGAAGGACCGGUGCGUUUAUGAGGCUGAGACGGGUCUCUGGCUCCUUCCUCUGUCCAAAAAUGCAAUGUUCUGCGUGGACGAACAAACCGUGGAGGUGCUCAAAUCCGUGACCGUCUGCGUCAACGUAGGGCGCUUCAAAGGGCAGACGGUGUCCGUCUGGGACCUCCUCAACUCUGAGUACAUCACGGACGGCAAAAGGAGAGAGCUGGUGCAGAAAUACAAAGACGAGAAUGCCGAAGCACUGCGAGAAAUCGUAACGACUGUCACCACCAUUAUCGCAGAGACCGAGGCACAAGGCAGGAAGUUUGCCUUCAAAGGUCUGCGGAAAAAGGUGUCCGCCGGUGAUCUCUUCCGGUCCCAGCUGAUAGACAAAAAAACCCUCGACGAGCUCAACCAGGGCAAGAAAACGGUCCAAGAAGUCACCAAAAUGGACUCUGUCCGCAUAUACCUGGAGGGCAGCAAUUUCAUAGCGGGGGUCAUCAUCCAGCCGAGCAACGAGAAGAUGAGCAUCUACCAGGCCAUGAGGAAGGGCAUCCUGAGGCCGGGCACGGCGCUGGUGCUGCUGGAGGCGCAGGCCGCCACCGGCUUCAUCAUCGACCCAGAGAAAAACAAGAAAUUCUCCGUGGAGGAGGCGCUGGAGGCCGGACUCGUUGGCGUGGAGGUUUAUGAAAAGCUGCUCUCUGCAGAAAGAGCUGUGACGGGCUACGUUGACCCCUACACAAAAGCACCCAUGUCCCUCUUCGAAGCCAUGAACCAAGGGCUGAUCGUGAAGAGCCACGGCGUCCGCCUGCUGGAGGCCCAGAUCGCCACCGGCGGCAUCAUCGACCCCGUGCACAGCCACCGCAUCCCCGUGGAGGUGGCCUACAGGCGCGGGUACUUCAAUGAGGAGAUGAACCGCGUCCUGUCCAACCCCAGCGACGACACCAAGGGCUUCUUCGACCCCAACACGCACGAGAACCUCACCUACAUGCAGCUCCUGGAGAGGUGCGUUCAGGACGCAGAGACGGGGUUGUACAUGCUGCAGGUUGUGCAGGAAGGGGGGAAAUACUUCUACGUCGAUGAGCUGACGAGACAGGUUCUGCAGUCAAAGCCCCUUCAAGUGAAAGUUGGAAGAUUCAAGGACCAAACGGUGUCCGUCUGGGACAUCCUCUACUCUCACUAUAUCUCGGAGCAGAAAAGGAAAGAACUGUUAAAGCAAUACAAAGGCAAGACUCUUACUCUGGAAGACCUUACAGCUCUCAUCCUCAAAGUAAUUGAGGAUACAGAGCAAAAAGGAGAAGCCCUCAAGGUUAAAGGACUGCGGGGCGAGGUGUCGGUGUCAGAGCUGUUCAGCUCGGAGAUAAUUGACAAGGGGACUCUGGAGCAGCUGCAGGAUGGGAGCCUGACGCUUGACAGCCUCACCAAGCGGGACGCAGUCAGAAGGUACCUGGAUGGCACCGGGAGCAUCGCCGGAGUGCUCCUGCCAUCAAGGAAAGAGAGGAUGAGCAUCUACCAGGCAAUGGAGAGGGGGCUCCUCUCCGAGCAGUGUGCGCUGGGGCUGCUGGAGGCGCAGGCUGCCACCGGCUUCAUCAUCGACCCAGUAAAGAACCAGAAGGUCUCCGUGGACGAGGCCGUCUCCUGCGGGCUGGUGGGCAGCGAGCUGCACGAGAAGCUGCUGUCUGCAGAGAGAGCCAUGACAGGAUACACGGACCCCCAGGUAGGCGCUAAGAUCUCCCUCUUCCAGGCCAUGAGGAGUAAGGUAGCAGCCAAGGAGCACGGCAUCCGUCUGCUGGAGGCCCAGAUGGCCACUGGUGGCAUCGUCGACCCCGUGCACAGCCACCGCCUGCCUGUGGAGGUGGCCUACCGGCGCGGCCACCUGGACGGGGACACGUUCCUCCUGCUUUCUGAUCCCGACCACGGCAGCAAAGGAUUUAUAGACCCAAACAUCCGCGAGAAAAGCAGCUACAGUCAGCUCCUGAAACGGUGCACCAGAGACACAGACACGGGGCUGUACCUGCUGCCGCUCCUGGAGAAAGAGGAGGACUAUUUCUACAUCGACGAGCGCACAAAGAAAGCACUGAUGGCAACCAGGGUGGAGGUGUCCGUCGGGAAAUACAAAGGCAGUGAAUUGUCGCUGUGGGAACUGCUGUGCUCCGAGUACAUCACAGAAGAGAAGAGAAAAGAACUCGUGCAAAAAUAUAAAGAGGAAUCCCACCACAUCGUGCAGAGAAUCAUCGACGUAAUAUUAAACAUCAUCAGGGAGAAAGAGCAACACAGAAGCGACGUUUGGUUCCAAGGCAUCAGGCAACAAAUCACAGCGUCAGAGCUUCUCAGCGCACAGAUAAUAACAGAGGAAACCAUGCGAAAACUCAAGGAAGGAAAAGAGACGGCAGAAGAAAUAGCAAAGAAGGAGGAUGUGAGACGAUACCUCGAGGGAACGGGCAGCAUCGCCGGCGUGCUGGUGCCCUCCAAGGCCGACCCUGCCAAGACGGAGAAGAUGAGCAUCUACCAGGCCAUGUGGAAGGGCAUCCUGAGGCCGGGGACAGCACUCGUGCUGCUGGAGGCGCAGGCUGCCACCGGCUUCAUCAUCGACCCAGUAAAGAACCAGAAGCUCUCCGUGGACGAGGCCGUCUCCUGCGGGCUGGUGGGCAGCGAGCUGCACGAGAAGCUGCUGUCGGCCGAGAGGGCCGUCACGGGCUACACCGACCCCUACAGCGGCGCCCAGAUCUCCCUCUUCCAGGCCAUGCAGAAGGGGCUGAUCGUCAGGGAGCACGGCAUCCGCCUGCUGGAGGCCCAGAUCGCCACCGGCGGCAUCAUCGACCCCGUGCACAGCCACCGCCUGCCCGUCCAAGCCGCCUUCCAGCGCGGCUACUUUGACCACGAGAUGAGCCGCGUCCUGUCCGACCCCAGCGACGACACCAAGGGCUUCUUCGACCCCAACACGCACGAGAACCUCACCUACAUGCAGCUCCUGCGCCGCUGCGUGCCCGACCCGGACACGGGGCUGUAUUUCCUUAAGAUUUUUGCUAACCAAGGACCCGGCCCUGAGCGAGGCUCUGUGUGCAGCACAGCCCGAAUAUUGAACCUUCAAACCUACACUGAGGUGCAUCGGGAGCUGCCGGCUCUCGGAGCAGCUGCAGCGCUGCCGAGCCACAGCGGCCGGCUGUAUUUUGGCUGGGUUGGUGGCACGGGGCAGGGCCCGCGUGUCAGCCCCCGGGGCGGGGAAGCGGAGGAUUUAAAUGGGGAGCCGGCCUCGGCUGCUCGUCCUGCCAGAGAGGCGGUGGGAGGAGGAGGAACGCAGCCCGGUGGGGAGCAACGGCUCCGGAUCGGUGUCCAGCAGACAAACGCGGUGCUCCACGGCAGCAGGACUGUUGCCCAGAGACAGAAGAUGAGUGGAGCCUUUCAGAACAACAAGCCAAGCAACACGGCAAUGAACCCGACCGCAAGCAGGCGCACAGAGAUGCGCGGGGAUGGGAGUAACUUCAUAGCUGGCGUCUUCAUCCAGGCGAAGAACAAGAAGCUGAGCAUCUACGAAGCCAUGAUCAGGGGGCUCCUGACGCCGGGCACAGCCCUGGUGCUGCUGGAGGCACAGGCUGCGUCGGGGCUCCUCACCGACCCCGUGAGCAACGCAAAGCUGUCAGUGAAAGAGGCGCUGAGCGCGGGACUCAUCGGCAGGGAUUUCUAUGAGAAGCUGCUGUCAGCAGAGGGAGCCGUGACCGGGUACACGGAGCCGUACACGGGACACAAGAUCUCCCUCUUCCAGGCCAUGCAGAAGGAGUUCAUCGUGAAGGAACACGCCAUCCGCCUGCUGGAGGCCCAGAUCGCCACCGGCGGCAUCAUCGACCCGUCCAACGGCGACCGCCUGCCCGUGGAGGCGGCCCACCAGCGCGGCUACUUUGACCACGAGAUGUGCCAGUUCCUCCUGAACCCAAAGAACCAAACCAGAAGUUGUUUCGACCCCAACACGCACGAGAACCUCACUUACACGCAGCUCCUGCGCCGCUGCGUGCCCGACCCCGACACGGGGCUGCUCAUGCUGCACGUGAUGGACAAAGGAUCCGUGCUCUUCCAGCUCAACAAGGACGCCCGCAAAGCCCUGCAGGCUGCCCGCACCACCGUCAGUGUGGGGCUCUUCCAGGGCUCUUCCAGCGUCACCGUCUGGGAGCUCCUCUUCUCUCGCUACGUCUCUGAUCACCAGAGAGAGGAGCUGCUGAGGAAAUACAAAGCAGGGACGGUGACCGUCCCGGAGAUGAUCAUCAUUCUCACCGCCAUCAUCGCUGGGGUGGAAACGGGAAACGGAGACCUGGGCUCAUCCACAGCAACAGCCGACGGUGAGAUAGGAGAGUCACAGCCGGCGCAGGACGCGCGCUCCCAGGAGCAGCAGUUGAGAAAGUCUUUAAAGUCUGCCACCAUCCAUGUCGCCGCCGGUGAGUUGCAGGGACAAAACGUCUCCUUGUUGGAUCUGCUCUUUUCCACCUACAUCCCUCAGGAGAAGCGGCAGGAGCUGCUGGAGCUGUACAGGGCAGGGAUACUGAGCACGGAACAGGUGGCUGCUGCUGUCAGCACCGUCAUCAACGGAACAGAAGCUGCGAAUAUCAGACCCACGGCGAAUGCUGGGAAUCCACAAAAAGCAGAGGAAAAUGGGGAUGGCUGUUCAGCACGAGACAACGCCUUGAAGUCUACCACCAUUGACGUCCCAGCCGGUGAGUUCUCUGUGUGGGACCUGCUCUUCUCUGACUGCAUCCCUGAGGACAAGAGGCAGGAGCUCCUGGAGCUAGCUAUCAGCAGUGCCGUGACACACAGCAAAGAAAGACAUCUCGCAGCCCUUCCCCAGCAGACAGUGGAUCUCCUUCAGUCUGAAGGCUCUUACAUUACCUUCGGGCAGUUCCAGGAGCAGAGGGUGUCGGUGUGGGAGCUCCUCUCCACCAAGCAGGUCUCCGAGUACAAACGAGAAGCGUGCCUCGACAUUUACGGCACGGGAGGGCUGACUGUGAACAAGAUCACCAUCACCACCACCGUUGUCACAGGCACACAGGGAAAGAAGAGGCAGCACCAGGGCCUCUAG